GGCGAACCAGUUGAGCCAAGUAAACCACCAAAGCUUGGUAUCUAUUCAGAGUUUCAUGAGUUUUCUCGAAAACAAAUCAAGUAUUUUAUUGAAACUUUCAAAAGGUUUGAUGAGGACGGCGAUAAUUUUAUCGACUUCAAUGAACUAAAAAGGAUGAUGGAGAAACUUGGUGAACCACAGACACAUAUCGCCUUAAAGACCAUCUUAAAAAUGGUUGACGACGACAAAGAUGGAAAAGUGAAUCUUCGCGAAUUUCUUCUAAUUUUUCGGUACGCAGCCAGCGAACAGCUGUCGUGUUCGCAGGUUUUCAACGAACUGGCAUCAAGUGUCGAUGUAACCAAGGAAGGUGUUAAAGGGGCAGCAAAUUUCUUCCAGGCUAGAAUAGAGGAGCAAACAAAACUGAGCAAAUUUGAAGAAGAAAUACGGGCAGAAAGGGAGGAACGUUUACAGGAAGAGGAGGAAAGAAGGCAACGAAGAAAACAAUUUCUUGCAAAUAAAGCAGCUUUCCAAGGAUAA